ACGUUCUCGCAGCAGUCAUGCAUUUCUUCUCGCAACAAAAUAGAAUUCGAGCAGCCGUGGCUGCGGCAACCCUGGCCGCUUUUGCACGUCAUGCCAGUGCUCAUUCUUGGGUGGAUCAACUGCGAGUUAUCUCCUCCAAUGGGAGUUUCACAGGUGAUCCAGGUUACAUGCGUGGAUACGGUCCACGUAACGGCGAUGGUCCUUUUGUCAAUCUCUUGCCCCCAGAUGGCCGAAGCCCGGUAAACGGCGAGUGGCUCCUCCCUGAUGAUCUCAUGUGCAAGAGCACACAGCAACCCUACGACCAGACCGAUGGAUAUCCGAGGCUCAAUGCUACUGCCGAAGACUGGAUUGCCCUCCGGUAUCAGGAGAAUGGGCACGUUACUCUGCCUUGGAAUCAGCCUGGCAAGCCGGUAAAUCGCGGAACCGUCUAUGUCUACGGUACAACGGACCCUCAGCCUGACGACAAAUUCCUUUCGAUCCACGGCCAAUGGACCGCGGAUGGAAACGGGGGUGACAAGCGUGGUCGAUUGCUUGCCAUGCAGAAUUUUGAUGAUGGCCAGUGCUAUCAGGUGAAUAGUGGAGGUAUCUCUCAGCAACGCCAGAAGCAGUUCCCGCACACCACUGCUGCGGCUGGCGCCGACGUUUGGUGCCAAAACAACCUCCAAAUUCCCGCCGAUGUUCCCGAGGGCGAGCAUGCUUAUACCCUAUACUGGGUGUGGGACUGGCCCUGGCUAAAUCUGAAUAAGUCCGAGAUCUAUACCAGCUGCAUGGACCUUGAUAUCCUAUCAGCCAACGUGCAGAAGUCUGUCAACGAGCUCGAGAUUCAAGUGCAAGAUGUUGAUAACGGGGCCAUCUCCUACCUCGCCACCUCCACCUCCAUCCCAAACUCACAGUCAAGUAUCCCCGCCUAUACUGUCAGCACUUCGAUCAUGACGCCGCUGGUCGUGCCGUGGUAUGGCAACAAGAAUUCUAACGGGGUAGUCUCUGCGGCUCCUACCACUCAGAGCAGCAGUUCUGCGGAAAGCUCCACCCAAGCUGUGGAAAGCUCUUCCCAAGCUGCGCCGUCUUCGACUUCUGCUAUGACAACCCAAGCUUUCAUUUCAACUCCAUCGUCGACUUCAAUUGCCCUGCAGCAUGCGGCCGAGACGUCUCAGACCUCGCCAAGCUUCGUGACCGUAACGAAGUAUGCGACCUUCACGUCGUUGCCAUCACCAUCAGUUUCGGUUUCAAUCUCCGUCUCUACGUCUGUCUCCGUGUCCACCGUUACUGUCACCGAGACUAUCUCUCCAAUCCCAACUACCUCUCCCUCAAUUAUGAUUUCCCCCAACCUUGCUACGACCCCAGUCAAAACUACUACUGCGGCUAUUCAAGGAGCAGACAGCAAGCCCUCAGCCUCGACCACGAUUCAAGGAGCAGUUGGAAAGCGUAACCCAGGUGCGACUCCUAAAGCGGCACCACGAAUGAGAUUCCUAGUCAAGCCCAUUGAAGGGUUCUGGGGCUAGCCGAAUGCGUUCGUCUUUGCUCACACUGGAUUCUUAUAUUUGACAAUUUAUAUUCAAAGUCGACGACAUUGUGGGCGGCUGAUCUGCAUUGUAUAUCUUAGUCUGAAUGUUAAUCUUCGGUCU